AUGGAAAAGGAUGGGGUUCUGGAGAGGGUGGAGGGGUUUCCGGACGAUAAAAUGAGGGCAAAGGCGGUGGCAGACUGGCAGAGGAUGGAAGAGUUGGAAGGAAGCAAAGAGAUCUUCUUACUAUUUGAUGUUGUACCAAUUUCAGCAAGAAAGGCAGUUGAAGCUAGAGUUCAUGGGAUUGUGGUCUCUAAUCAUGGAACUCGCCAGCUAGAUCAUACUCCUGCCACUAUCUCUGUCUUAGAAGAGGUUGUUCAAGCUGUUGGAGGGAAAGUUCAUGUUAUUGUCGAUGGAGGAAUUCGCACUUGUUGUCGCAAAAUUUUAGGAGAGAUGAUUGGGAGGCCAGUUAUCUAUGGCCUAGCAGCAAUGGGGCAACAUGGGGUGAAAAGUUUGAUUGAAAUGCUGAAGAAUGAGUUUGAGCUUACUAUGUCCCUGUCUGGCUGUCCUGCACUAAAACAUAUUACGGGGAGUCAUGUGAUGACACAGCGUGACAGUCUCCAUUCAAAGAAACCAACUUUUCAUGCAAUUUUUGUAGUAGUGGUGCUGAGACAGACUUCAAAGAAACUUCUUUUGCAACAGUUUGCAAGAGACGAUGUCAGUUUUCUUCUUGUCCCUUGUCUAAUGUCUUUGGUGAGGUGA